GUCAAAGCGGGAAGUAUGAUGAUGGGUGCGUAUCCACACAUUUAUUGGACUCCAUGUGCCGCUCAUUGCAUCAACUUGAUAUUUGGUGACAUAUUCAGGUUAAGCCAUAUACUUCCGGUAAUCAACCUAUCCUUUAACUUUCUUUAUAGUCAAUACUCAAUAAUUCAUUAGCUACUAAUUAAUUUAAUUUAAUCUUUCUAUAACAGUUUUUAAGAAGGCCAUCAGAAUCCAUUCUUACAUUAGUCAAAGGCCAUUGUUGUUAAACUUGAUGAGAAAAUUCACCAAAGAAAGAAAUUUGGUGAAACCGGCCAAGACAAGAUUUGCAACGGCAUUCUUAACUUUGAGAGCUAUGUACAUUCAAAGAAAAAACUUGAAAACUUUAGUCCUCUCAACCGAAUGGAAUUCAAGUAAAUUUGCAAAGGAAACUUCGGGGAAAGAAGUUGCCAAUCUUCUUAUUUCUAUCCACUUUUGGAAUGAUGUUGUUCGGGCACUUACAGUUUGUAGCCCUUUGACAAAAGUGCUUCGUUUGGUGGAUGGGGAGAAAAAACCACCAAUGGGUUAUAUUUAUGAGGCAAUGGAUAGAGCCAAAGAAGCUAUUGCACAUGGUUUUCGUGGAGUUCAGAAGCAUUAUGAGAAAGUGUUUCAAAUUAUUGAUGCAAGGUGGUCAGAACAACUCCAUCGGCCUUUGCAUGCUGCAGGCCAUGUUUUGAACCCAGGAUUAUAUUAUAAAGCUGAAGAAGAGGGAACUUUAUUACAGAGUUUGUGGACCGAGUAUUAUGCAUGUGUUGAGAAGUUGGUCCGUGAUACAACAAUACAAGAUGCACUAAUCGCUGAGCUUCCUAAGUACAAAAUGGCGGAUGGACUAUUUGGUUGUGGUCCGGCUAAAAGAGCUAGAGACACAAGGUCACCGGUUGAAUGGUGGUCACUAUUUGGUAGUGAAACACCAAACUUGCAAAAGUUUGCCAUGAAAGUGUUAAGCCUAACUUGUAGCUCAUCUGGAUGUGAGCGAAAUUGGAGUGUGUUUGAACACAUUCAUUCCAAAAAGAGGAAUAGGCUUACACUAUCGCGUCUCAAUGAUCUAGUGUACAUUAAGUACAAUAGAACAUUGAAACGUCGUUAUGAUGCUCGUGAUCUUAUUGAUCCAAUUCGCUUGGAUAACAUAGAUGAUUCAAAUGAAUGGUUAGUUGGAUGCCCCGAAGAUCAAGAUGAUGAACUAGUAUAUGAGGAUGAUGAUCUUACUUGGGGUAGUGUUGCUACGGCAAUUGGAGCGGACGAGAGUAUCUAUCAUCUUAGGGGACUUUCUUCAAGAUCAACAGUACCUGACAAGGGCAAAGGAGUAGAAAGUACAUCUACAAGUUCAUCUUCAAGUAGGACUCGGACACUAAUUGAUGAAGAAUACGAGGAAGAAGAUGAAGAGCAAUAUAAUGAUGUAGAGGAUUUUGAUCUUCAAGAGUUGGAUAAUUUUGAAGAAGAAUAGACUUUUAAAGUUUUGGUUUAUUGUAUUUUGAAUUGUUUGGUCUUUAAAGUUUUAGACAUUUUAGUAUCUACUAUUGGUUUUUGAAUUGAAUAUUUGCUAAUAUGUGUUAUUGCUAUUAAGAUUUUGGAUAAAAUAUGCAAUUAAAUAUUUUUAAUUUUUGGUAUUAA